AUGCGCGCUGCCACCGUCACUGCCAUUCUCGCGAUCCUCGCCGCCCCCGCCACGGCCCGCUCCCAGCCCAGGAGGAACAACUGCAAGGCCCACGCCUCGGCUUACACCGCCGCCGCUAACACCGCCGCCGCCUCGGUCGUCUCUACCACGGCCCCCGCUGUCACUGCCGCGUCGGCCCUCCCCACCGAUGCCGCCUCGUCGGCGGUCGAGUCGACCGCCGCUGGUACCGAGGCCGCUGUGUCGGUCGAGUCUGCUGUCUCGUCCCCUGCCGAGUCUGCCGUCUCGGCCGCUGAGGUUACCGACAGCGUUGCGUCGGGCCUCGACAACGCCACUCUCAUCGCGUCCCCAACUGAGGCCACCGAGUCUGCCGUCCAGACCGACGCUGCCGUCUCUGCCGAGUCUGUUGCUGCGUCCGAGUCUGUUGCCUCGAGUGCCGAGGCCUCUGUCAGCGAGUCCGCCGCCGUGUACGACGCGUCGGCGGCUUCGACGACCGCCUCGAGCGCCGCGGCCUCGUCGACCUCGGCCUCGUCGGGCACCUACCCGCCUGCCCUCCACUCGACUGACGACUCGACCGAGCAGUACGUCCAGGAGCUGCUCACUGCGCACAACGACUUCCGUGCGCAGUACGGCGCCAGCGCCCUCGUUUGGAACGCGAGCCUUGCGGACACUGCUGCCGGCAACUCGGCUCAGUGCGUGUUUGAGCACAACAGCGACAUCAACAGCCAGUACGGCCAGAACAUUGCCGCCGGCUCGGUCCCCACCACGCUCACCGACCUGGUCAACGCCUGGACCGCCGAGUCGUCGCUCUACGACUGGUCGAACCCGGUCUACAGCGACUCGACCGGCCACUUCACCCAGGUCGUCUGGAAGGACACCACCUCGCUCGGCUGCUCGUGGACCACCUGCACUGCCUCGGAGAUCUUUGGCUCGUCGGAGAGCUACAACGGUGUCUACCUCGUGUGCAACUACUACGCUCCCGGCAACUACGAGGGUGAAUUCGCUGCCAACGUUGGCACCAAGUCCAGCUAA